UUGAACGCAGCACAAAACGACAGCAGGCAGAGGUGAAAAGUCUGGAUCAUGUUUUCAUUCCAGCGAAGGCGUACAUGAACGACAAAAGGGACACUGUAAAAAAAAAAAUAAGGAUCAUCAGGGCGACAAGCGAAGCACGUCGAGGUUCUGUCCACGACGAGACGACAUUGAUGUUGUUGUUAGCAAACCAGCUAGCACAAGCUGAAAUUUGUUAGCUAGCUAACGGAGGACCCCUGUUAGCUUACCGCCACCAUCAUUGCUUCUCGCCAGCUGUGCAUCGCCCUGUCUUCCUACGAUGGGAAACGCAGCAACUGCCAAGAAAGGCAAUGAGCAAGAAAGCGUGAAAGAGUUCUUAGCUAAAGCCAAAGAAGAUUUCUUAAGAAAAUGGGAGUGUCCACCCCAGAGCACAACAGGCCUGGAUGACUUUGAUAGGUUCAAGACUCUGGGCACAGGCUCUUUCGGGCGAGUUAUGCUUGUCAAACAUAAAGAAACAAACCAUUUCUAUGCCAUGAAGAUCUUGGACAAACAAAAAGUGGUCAAGUUGAAGCAGAUAGAACACACACUAAAUGAAAAGAGAAUACUACAGGCCGUCUCGUUCCCCUUCCUCGUCAGAUUGGAGUACGCUUUCAAGGACAACUCAAACCUCUACAUGGUGAUGGAGUAUGUGCCCGGUGGAGAAAUGUUCUCACACCUCAGACGUAUUGGAAGGUUCAGUGAAAACCAUGCAAGAUUUUAUGCAGCUCAGAUAAUACUCACCUUUGAGUACCUUCACUCGCUGGACCUCAUCUACAGAGACCUGAAGCCUGAAAACCUGCUCAUAGAUCAACAUGGGUAUAUCCAGGUCACAGACUUCGGCUUUGCUAAAAGGGUAAAAGGGAGAACCUGGACGUUGUGUGGAACUCCUGAGUACCUGGCUCCAGAGAUCAUCCUCAGCAAGGGCUACAACAAAGCUGUGGACUGGUGGGCACUGGGAGUCCUCAUCUAUGAAAUGGCUGCUGGUUACCCUCCAUUUUUUGCAGAUCAACCAAUCCAGAUCUAUGAAAAGAUUGUGUCUGGCAAGGUACGAUUCCCCUCUCACUUUAGCUCCGACCUGAAGGAUCUGCUGAGAAACCUGCUGCAGGUUGACCUGACAAAAAGAUUUGGCAACCUGAAGAAUGGCGUGAAUGACAUAAAAAAUCACAAGUGGUUUUCCACAACAGACUGGAUAGCCAUCUAUGAGAGGAAGGUCGAAGCCCCCUUCAUGCCAAAGUGCAGAGGACCAGGAGACACAAGCAACUUCGACGACUACGAGGAGGAGGACAUUCGUGUCUCACAAACGGAAAAAUGUGCAAAAGAGUUUGCUGAUUUCUAGGGAGAGUGAUACCGAGUCUCAUCAGGGCUCUCACAUUUUGGGAUAUUUGCACUCUCCCAAGGGGUUAAAGUGGAACUGAGGCCGUCUUGUGUUGAAAACCAAUGCCUCGUUCCUUCAUUCCACACAGCUGAAUGAGGUCCUUCUUGCCAUGAUCCUGCGUGCAGUGAGCACUUACCUAUACACAGGCACAUUAUGCAGACAUACCCUCGUGCUGCAACACAGAAAUGCUAGACCACGUUUUCUUUUUUUCUCUUUUCUUUUUUAUGUUUGCCACUUUUGAAAAGCCUCCCUUUUUUCUUAUUUCAAUUCAUCAGUUAUUUGAAAAGCAAUUUAAACAAAUAUAAUAACCAUUUUUGUGUGGCACAAAGAGAGAUUGAUUGUAUUAGCUGGUAUUGCACAUAUUGUGAUAUGAGCUUUGAGGAAACAGAAGGUGUUUUUGAGGUGGGGGGAGGGGGGGUGAAUUUUGAACUUUUUUUUUUUGCUUGUUAUCAGUCAUCUGUUACACGCCUGAUUUUGUUUUAAGCUUUAUUCUAUAAGUUAGUAAUCAUGAACUCUUGAACAUAAAUCAUCAUUCAUUAAUUCAUCAUUCUGGUGUCCUUAAGACCUAGAAAUCAAGUUUUUUUGUGCGUGUAAGAAUAUACAUAUAAGACACGAGAUUUUCAAACAGGAGCUGGUUUUAAGAUGAAGGGAAAGUAACUCUGAAGAGUCCUUGAAUGGAUUCACAGUGACAAGUGUUUUUACUGAGCAGAAACUUGUCAGUGCUGUAGUAACCAAUCAAUUGUAGCAUUGUUUUAUUCAUAUCUGACCACAUGACAUUUACUUUUACCUCAGGCAUGGUGUGGUUUUCAAAGAAUUUGAGUGAGAUGAUAUAUUUUUCAGGUAUAACUCUGUCUCACUAGGAAGGAAAUCUGAAGCCGUUUGAGUUUGUCACUCCAAACGUCUGUCUUUGAUAUGUCCAAAAAUCGAUGAUGUGUACUGAUAUGGAAUUUUUCAAUAACUGAAAGGUCAGUAUGUAUCUUUUUUUUUUUCUUCAGAGUGUGCUGUUGAGGAUGCAGAGCAGUGUUGGUCAGGACAUAUUUUGUCUAUUAGGGGGGCGUGCUUCAAUUUAGUUUCUAAAGUCAAAGUGUGCUUUACACAUCAUGUAAUUGCCAUAUUUGUUUGACUUUUUUUUUUUUUUUUUUACAUUUGCAUGUAUGUAACGUUUGUACAUCAGUGUCACAACAAGCUAAUAAUUCCCAGAAAGUGUUCCCAUUUUUAUUUCAUUGUUAUUUUGUUUGUUAUGUACUUUGAUCCGUCACAUCCAGGCUCGUUGAUGCUUUAGAUUUGUAAUGCCACUUUUAUCUGAGUGGCAUAUUUUUUCUGCAUAAUUCACUGAAGCAAAACUAUAUCAUUAAUCAUGAAUUAAUAAUCACAGAAAAACGGAUAUAUAUCAUAAUAAGUAUUCAUUCAUCUUAGUUACCACUUGGGUUGAAACAUAUAAGUACCUCAACUAUAGCUCUGUAGUUCUUUUUGCAUCAUUUUAUAAACCAGUUUGUACACUGUGAUGGAGCAGUAUGUGCUCAUUCUUCCUCUCCAGACUGCUCAGGUUGAGUUGUGGCAGUUCAAGAACGAUAACAGACAAAAAUGCUGUUGUCUUGUUACAGACUUUCAAAGGGAAAAAGGUCAAGAGUCUGACUUUUGAAGAACAUUUAGUCAUUGUAAAUCACUCCUAUUAAGUUAUUGUCUACAUGUAUUUAAUCUGUUUUCCCCUUGAAACAAAAUGAGAUGAAUGAGGGAUUUUAUGCUUGGUACCAGUCAUUUACUAUUCAUUCUGACACAUUGUUGGUCCUUCUUUUAUUUAUGUGUAUUUAACAGGUGAGCAUAUAAUCUGUUUGUCAGAUGUCCCAUAUAAGGCCAAGGUGUCCACAGGUUGAACUAAGAUGUCAGAGAAGCCCUGUUUGCUCCUGCUUCUGAGAUCUUUGAUUUCCCUCCAGGAAAGUUUCUCUGCUGUCCACAGUUUGAGCUUUUUUUCUUCUUCUACUGGCCGCGUACUCUGGGUGUCAAGGAAAUCAAAGUGAAGUUAUCUCACAUCUUGUUGGAAACAAUUAUUUGUUGUUGAAAGUCAUACAAUUCAGUCUGUUUGCAUACAGUUGAAUCAUUAUUUUACACGUUGCUCAAGUGUUUGUAGCAGAAAGAAAUGCAAUUCCAUCAAGUUCAACAAUCUACGAGAACCAAAUGUGAAAAAAAGGUUUUGGGGCUGAAUGCUUUUUUUAAGGUACUCAUGUAUAGUAUAUGGAUAAUAGCUAUGCCCAAUUUUAGAAGUUUUGUCAUAGAUUGAAAACAUGUGUUCAAUCUUUAUAUAAUGUAUGUAUACAUUAUCUAGUCCUGAAUUCCUUAUUUGUUACAUUUCCUAUUUUUAUUUAAAGAGAUGUCUAAUAAAUUACAUUUUUUCGACUUGCAUAGUUCUCUAGGGAUCGUAACUGUUUUAUUCACAAAGUGGUUAUUUACAGUGAAAACAUUUGGAUUUUAUAUUAACUUUUUUUUCAUUUGCCCUAAUGAAAAACAAGACAUGCAUUUUAAAAAAUACCACAUUUAAAAAGGAAAUGAUGCAAAUGUCUAAAUUGAAGCCUUUUAUUUCAAUUUAUUUUAUCUUCAAACCAAAAAAUCACUUUAUCAAGAAUGAUCCAAAUUAUUUCACGAGUUUGAAGAUUGAAGAAUCGUUUCAUUUGGAGAAGCUUUGAAAACUACACCUGGGAAUUCAGCAUGUUUCUGCCCAAAUGGCCCGUGUGUAAACCUAUACCAAGAGUGUGUAGGUAAUCCACAGCUCUAUUUAUGUGUCAUUUAUCCUCUGUGUGUGUAAUAAUGUUUGUCAUAUUUGAUGUAAUAUGAUGGCACUUUUCCCUGAGCCACCUCACAGACCUGACUGAAGGAAAUCAGUAUGAGUUGUUCAUGCCUAGUCACACAUGCAAGUAUGGGAUCAAUUAUCUGAAAUGUGUCUGUAUUUAGUUUGUGAGUUAUUUUGCACAUCAUUUAGACGGCUGACACGUUUUUUUUCCCACCCAUAUUUACUUGUGUUUGCAAGGGAAAUAUAGGCCUACUUUGCUGUAGCAGAUUUUAUGUAACAAAGGAUAUGUCACUAUAAUAAAUUGUUUUUAAUAAAAACUCAA